CCCCCUUUUUCUGAACGAUUUUCUACUCCUUUGUCAUGGGGCAAGUCUGUUGCCAACCUCUUCUAGCAGACAUCUUUUUCUUUCAUAAUUUUCUUAUUCAACCAUUGCUGCCUCAUUCCUUGGUAUGUUCGCAUUGCUCUGGUCUGCAAUCUGCAUCGUUGUAACUUUUUAAGAUUGAUCUCUCGUAAAUAGUCGAACUUUUUUUUUUAUUUUUUCCCUUCUUCUGUAAAAACGAAUAUUUUCACCUAUUCAGAAUACUAAUAUUUCUUCUUUUUUAAGAAUAAGUGAGCUGGUCACCCAAGGCUCAACAGACUCACAAGCAAAAGUUGUAUAUAAAUAGUUGAUGGAUUGGAUGAGCAUGUGACAGAGGACUCCUAGUUUGGAUUUAAGCUUGUGCUGUCUUAGAAAGUUGUACAUAUAAUCCAAAGUCUUUUCGUGCAGAAUAGGUGGUGCCAACAAUUCAGCUGCUUAACAAAAGAAGAAUAGUGGUGGAGAUUCUUUCGUCAAUAAAACCAAUCCAAAAUGCCAAAAACAUGAAAAAGCUUUGAUUGAUGAGAGACGACAAUGGCGCUUCAUUCCAGGCAUUUCUUGAAGGUUGGCUAGUGCGCCAACAACACUAUCUGGACGAGCUUCUUUCUGUUCUUCAACACUGCCAUGAAUCCCGAGAUGAAGAUCUCAAAGAGCUAAUCAACCGGGUUCUAGCUCACUACCAACAAUACUACGAAGAGAAAUCCAAAAUUGCUCAUCGCAAUGUGUUCCUAGUUUUCUCUCCCACAUGGUUCACUACCCUCGAGCGCGCUUUCCUUUGGAUCGCCGGCUUCAAGCCCGGUCUCGCACUCCGAGUGGUCGCCGACUCAGUCGACGACCUGUCGGAGGAGCAGAGACAGAGGAUGAACAGGUUGAUGAACGAGACAAAGGUUGAAGAGCAAGCACUUGACAACGAGCUCGCUAAGAUUCAAGAGAGCGUCGCUGCACCUCCACUGCUGAAUGUCGUGAAACGUCGAGGACGGUUGGUGGACGGCGAGUUACAGGGAGAUGAAGCGGCUACGGAUGCGUUGAAAACGGCAAUGGAGGCCAUUCUCACAGGAGCGGACUCGCUGAGGAUUAUGACGGCUCUGAAGGUGGUGGAGAUUUUGAGUCCGACCCAGACCUUGAAAUUCUUAGCUGCUGCUACCCAGCUUCAGCUCAAGAUCAGAGAUCGCGGUUUAGAAAGAAGCUGACGAACCCACCAAAAAAAAAAAAAAAAAAAAAAAGGGUGGUUAAUAAUGGAGUAGUAUGGUAUAGGAUUAUUAUUAUUUAGGAUAUUUUAUAUAAUGUGUGUGUAUAUAGGUCUUCUUGAAAUUUUGAAUGUCUAACGGUUCUUUUUCGGUGAAGAAGAACCGUAGAGACAUUGGAAGGUUACAAAUCAAAGAUGUAACCAAUUCUACUGGGAUAACAGGUAUGGGUUUUUCUUACGUCUUUUUUGGUGAAGCUUUUGGAAUAUAUUUUUGAGGAAGAGGAGAGAGAAGAGUGCAGUUUUUUUGGUUCAUUGUGCUCUACUUCUUGUUUUGCUCUUCUUUCUGGAUUUGCUGCUAAAAUGGCCUGGAAAAAGAGGUUCUCUGUUUUAAAUCCUGCAAGUCAAUCAGAACUGACUUUUUUCUUUCUGUAAACUGGUGGAUGGUGGUGGUGGAGAGGUGAACUGUUGGAAUAGAGCUGAACAGGUUAGGCUAGUAGGUGAAGCAGAAGGAGCAGGCGGUAAACUCUAAAAACGACACUGUUUAUACAAAUUCACCUUUACUGUU